GCACGAUUCUUUUUAAACUGGACAUUUUUGUGGAUCAUUGUUGCACAGAAAAAAGCUUUGAGGGAAGGAGAGCUGGACCACAGAGACUGUCUGGUUUAGGCUACAGGAUUACGUAUCUGUGUCACAGGGUGGCACUGUCAUUUCAAUUCAUUGUUCGUUUAUAGUCAUGUAAAUGUUUGGGUGGUUAACUGUAUCAAAGAUGCCUCUGUGGUGAUUAGUCACUUGUGGAGUGUUAGGCAUUUCGAUGAAGCUCCAGGCUGCAUCAGAAACCAUGGACCACACCACUCUUUGACUCCAGUCAACAGGUCAACCAAUCCACUGGCCAAUUAGUUCAUUUGACGUCUGACACCUUUCUUUCCCUGACUCUUCACGGACAGAAUACAUGGAGAAACAUGUAAAUACGCUCUAGACAGAAUGUCAGGAGGGUGUCUCAUUGAUUCGGUUGUUGUCUCUCCCUAUUUCCUCAAUGAUGAUCUGAAGGGAGCAGAGAUCAGUGAGUAGGAUGCCUAAUGAAGAAUGCCCCUAGGGAAAUAAGUGGCCCUGCUAAGGGUAAAUAUCAGCCUCAUCCACCCUCUCCUCUCCCCCUUCUUGAUGAAUCUUCUCUGCUUUGAUCCCAAAUCCUCAGACACCUAGGGAAUUCUCCAGGAAUUAUUUGGAAUAGCAUAUGCAAAUGUGUGGACUGAAUUGUUUUUAUGUACACAUCACAGUCUCUAGAGUUUGCUGAAAGAACUACUAUGUUGUUCCCUGAAGGAAAAAGGCUGAGUUUAUGAUGAGGACUAUGAUGAAGAUAAUUCCCACAGGAGGGAAGUGAGAUAAAUAUUGUUUGUCUUCAGAGCAGUAAUUUAAUUUGUCUAGUACUGUGUUUGAUUUAAUAUUUAAACAUACAUUCUUUUGGUCCAUCUACGCUGAUAAUGCUGUUUGAUGUUGAAAUGAGCACAACGAUUUAGAUACAAAAGCACACACUGAUAAUCUGGAUUAAAAAGCACAAGAACUGGAGUGAACCAGCAACUGAACCUGAAACAGAUUACCACAUUUCUGUUUAGGCUCUGUCAUUGACCACAAAAGUCUGUGUGAGGUUUCUUGUUGAUAUCGUAGAACAGAUACCUUGUUUUCAAAAGACUAUCAAGACUCUUCUCUGUGGACUCUAUGGACUCACCCAUCACCAUCUCUGACUGAAACCUCCUUCAGAGCCAGGAUAAAGAACAUUCAGCUACCGACCUUUCCUUGCUAAAGAGAAAUGAGUUUGACUGUUUAUCUGGUUAGAUAAGCUUGACCUUUAAGAAAACCUAAGCUGACUGGAAUCUUCGUGGAGCAUCAUUUCAACCUUCCUGUGCAAGAGACAAGUUGUCACAAGUUGUAGCUCUCUCCCAGACUGAAAACCUCCAGGGCUACCAGGGAGGACCUUUAAGAAGAUCAAAUCAUCUUGGAACUUGUGAAUCUUUGACAUUUUGAGUCCAUCAUGGGGUGCAACAUGUGUGUGGUCAACCGACCAGAGGAGCAGUACCGGGUCAUGUUCCAGAAAGGCUACCUGAGCAACCCUCUGAGGCCUAUGGAUGGACACACCAAGGUCAGGGGAAGGAGGCCAUCUUUGCUGCCUCAGGACAGACCUCCAAACUCCCAAGAACCUUUGCUUCUGCAAGGGGGGCGUAAAGGUCACAGGAGGAAAGCAGGCACAGGGGUGACCUCCUGUGCCCUGGUCGCCAUUCCAGACUGUGUGGACAACGCCACGCAGACGGACAUCAGCUUCCAGAACAUCCUCACCCUAGGACGGGGCUCUCAGCCCCACCCUCCUCCACCGCCACCCUCCCCACCCCUGCCGCACCUCAUGGAGCAGUACACACUCAACCAGUUUGGAACGUUUGACCAGGACUACGACCCCAAUGACUACUUUGACAUCGCUCACCACGAGGUGGAUAGGCAGGAAGAGCUGGAGUAUGAGGAGGUGGAGCUGUACAAGGGCAGCCAGCAGGAGAAGCUGGGGCUGACGGUGUGCUACAGGACGGAUGAUGAAGAGGAUCUAGGCAUAUAUGUGGGAGAGGUCAACCCCAACAGUAUUGCAGCAAAGAACGGCCGAAUUCGAGAGGGAGACAGAAUACUGCAGAUUAAUGGUGUAGACAUCCAGAACAGAGAGGAGGCGGUGGGUAUUCUCACCCAGGAAGACACCACGAACAUCUCACUGCUGCUGGCCAGGCCUGAGAAUCUUGCCGAGCCUGAAGAUGUGGGGUUGGCCUCGCUGCCCCUGGGUAUGAGGGUGGAGGUGUACCCCCACUCCUCCAACCUGCAUAACAUCUACCACCUCCGGAGGGGGCCCCUGUCCUGUCCGGGCUCCCCAGGGGGAGCAGGAGGUCUGGGGGGAGAGGAGGGGGAGACCCCCCCUGGUCUGGGUCUGGGUAACAGCCCGGAGCUGGACAGUGGCGUGGGCCGGACGGACGAGAGCACACGCAACGAGGAGUCGUCCGAGCACGACCUCCUGGCCGACGACCAGACCAGCGCCUGCAACACCAACGCCACCAACACGCCCGGAAGCACACGCAGGCACCGCCCCCUGCCCAGCCCUGGCCACGCCCACCUGCACCGCCACGAGCUCCAGCUCAGCUCGGAUUCGCUGCCGGGCCUGGGGCUGGAUGGCGGAGGUGGGCACCCUCUGAUGAUGAUGAUGAUGAUGCCAGGCCUGACCGAGGAGGAGUGUGAGAGGUACCGAGAGCUGCUGGAGGUCAAGGGUCAGUACGAGAGGAGCGGACGGAAGGAGUUGCAGGGGAAGGAGGGAGGGGGGGAGAGCGCCGGUGCUGAGGGGGAGGCAGAGGGGGAGGAGAGGGCCGAGGGCGGUCAGGAGAAGGAGGGGGAGUCUCCCCCGGAGGGGCUGACGCAGCAUGAGAUGGCCCUGUUGGAGGAGGAGCUGCGCCACCUGGAGUUCAAGUGCCGCAACAUCCUGAGGGCCCAGAAGAUGCAGCAGCUCCGGGAGCGCUGCCUGAAGGCCUGGCUCCUGGAGGAGGAGGCGGCCAGGCGAGGCCACGCCCCCGAGGUGGAAGACCCCGCCCACCACGAGCUGUCCGACAUCAACGAAGCGCCGGAGAGAGAGAGGUCUGACCGGGAGAGCACCAGCGCCUACAACACAGGGGGGGAGAGCUGUCGGAGCACGCCGCUGGUCAGCACCGAGCAGCUCCAGCCCCUUCCUGCUCACGAGGAUGGACAGGGGUCGUGCACCUCCCCUCCCUCGCUCCUCCCUCUCCUCUCCCCCCUCUCCCCCCUCAGCUCCAGCCGCCACCGGGAGCAAAGACGAUCCCCUUUGAACUGCUCCUUUUCCCCCAACAGCUACAGGAAGUUCCAGACUUCCAAUCACAGUCCUACUGCCACCACCAGCCCCGUGCCCAGCCCUAAGUUCCGGUCUCUAAGUCGAGAGGUGGGGUCUCAUAGGGGCAUGGCGGAGGGGGGAUCACCUAGGAGGAGUUACCGGAGUAGCAACAGCGGUGCCCAUAUCAAGUCUGGAGGACACAGUGCAGAGUCAAGCCCUUACUUUCCCCGCAGAAGCCAGGGGCUAGGGGCCGGCCUGGGUGUAGGGGUGGGCACUGGCCCCCUGGAGCGCUACCAGAGCUGCUUGGCCCUGCCCUCCGACUGCCCUGCCCUGCUGGAGCCUGUGGAGCAAGGGAAGGACAGGGGGAGGGAGAGGGCAGAGUGUGAGGAGAGAGGCCCGGCGGCGGGCUGUAGUGCCCCGGCCAGUCCCAGGAGUGUGAGCAGUGCCCCUGCUGGCCCGGAGGCCCACCCCAGCCCUGUGCAUUCCCGCCUGGGCCUGGUGCUGCCUCUGGGCUCCACGUCCCCCAGGAUGGAGUGGAAGGUGAAGAUACGUAGCGAUGGAACACGCUACGUGGCCAAGCGGCCCGUCAGGGACCGCCUCCUCAAGGCUCGCGCCAUGAAGAUCCGCGAGGAGCGCAGCGGCAUGACCACGGACGACGACGCCGUGAGCGAGAUGAAGAUGGGGCGCUACUGGAGCAAGGAGGAGCGCAAGCAGCACCUGGCGAGGGCGAGGGAGCAGAGGAGGAGGAGGGAGUUCAUGAUGCAGAGCCGCCUGGACUACCUGAGGGGGGAGAGGGGGGAGGUGGUGGGCGGCGGGGAGGGGAGGACGCAGGGAGCGGGACAGGAGGAGGCCAGCAUCUUGGCUCUGAGUCAGAGGAAGAGCCACAGGAAGAGGAACAGGAGGAUCCUGGAUAACUGGAUCACCAUCCAGGAACUCCUAGCCCAUGGCAGCAGAUCUCCUGAUGGGAAAAAGGUCUACAACCCUCUACUGUCUGUGACCACAGUCUGAGGAGGAGAGGAGAGGGGAAAAGAGGAGAGGAGCGGAAAGGACAGGAGAGGAGAUGAGAGGAGACAAGAGCACAAUGGUAAAUCAGAGACAGACUCAAGACAUCCAUCAGAGAAUGGCUAAUCCAUAGUUAUUGAUUGGCCCUUUCCAAAAGGAGCUCAGGAGAAACAAGGAUAAGAGAUUUUAGAGAGGGUGAGUGUGAUGAGUCUAAUGCGCUAGGCAUUGAUAAGGAAGGAGAGCAAAGUAGGAAAGGGAGGAGGCCGGAGAAAACUCCACGCUUGAGUCACUAACAAGCAGAGGUACUUAGAGAAUUGAGCACGAGGGGAGAGGAGCAGAAGAGAGAGGAGGGGCUAUGAAGAAAGCACAAAUGAUCAUUUCUCCAUCGUAGCGCACGUCUGAAAGCACAGGGGAGAUGACCUGACACGUGGAAGGAUGGAUCGUCUGAAAGGGUGGAGAGAGAGAUGGAAAGCACAACUUUGUAACUCUGUUCCACUUAGCAGAGCCCAGCAGCAAGCAGAAGGCUAUUCAUUCUCCCGGCGAGCAGUGAUGACAUCACACCACAUCAGACAGACUGUAGAUCUGUCAUUAGUAGAAGCCACUUUGGCCCUGCUCUGGCAGGCGCUCCCUCAGAGGGCUCUAUAGCUCCUAUAUCUAGGCUGAUGGGCCAAACCUCCAUUUGUCAAAACUACUAACACACCAGGAGCUGGUGGACAUAAUGAAGUGUUUGCAUGGUUUGACAAAUAGAGCUGUACAGAUGUGAUGCUACCAUACUCUAUAAUAAUUAUAACUGAAUGUCUAUGUGUACCCUGUAUGUGUGUGUGUGAGAGUGCGUGUGAGUGUGUGUUCUUGUGCAUAGUUAUAGAAGUGUUAUGUACAGUAAGCGUGUGUGUCUCUGAUCAUAUUUAUCUAUCCAAGUUGCAGUUACAUUGUUGAUCCAGUAUAUGUCUUUCUUGGAUGAGAGCAUACACUAUGUAGACGUGUUGACGUUCUAGAAUAAAGACGUUUUCUAUCAUUCCAUCUCUGUGCCAGUACGUUCUUCAUUGUG